GGAAAAAAUAAAAUUAACCGACCCUCUUCUCCUUCUCUUUAAACAAACCCCUCUCUUUCUCUCUCCUUAUUUUCAUUCUCUCUCCUCCCCAACAAUGGCGCUCUUAGCUCGAGCGGCAGCAACCCGCACCACCACCCUAAAAACCCUCCCUUACCUCUCCUCCUCCUUCCACACCACCCACCCUUCUCUCUCCUCCACCUCAACCACCACCCAACCUACCACCUACGGCAAGGCUCCACCUCCCGCGCUUCCCAAGUCGGCGGAGUACGUCAUAUCCAAAGUCGAUGACCUUAUGAACUGGGCCCGUCGUGGUUCCAUUUGGCCCAUGACUUUUGGUCUAGCCUGCUGUGCUGUUGAGAUGAUGCAUACUGGUGCUGCCCGUUACGAUCUGGAUCGGUUCGGAAUCAUCUUCAGGCCCAGCCCUCGUCAGUCUGAUUGUAUGAUUGUUGCUGGUACUCUUACUAAUAAGAUGGCUCCUGCUCUUCGCAAGGUUUAUGAUCAGAUGCCGGAGCCAAGGUGGGUGAUAUCUAUGGGAAGCUGUGCAAAUGGAGGCGGAUACUACCAUUAUUCAUACGCUGUUGUCCGAGGUUGUGACAGGAUUGUUCCAGUGGAUAUCUACGUCCCUGGAUGUCCACCAACAGCUGAGGCUUUACUUUAUGGACUUCUGCAGCUACAGAAGAAGAUUAGCAGGCGCAAGGAUUUCCUUCACUGGUGGACCAAGUGAGCUCGUUCAUUCUGCUUCUAUUCCCUUGACGUUGCUCCAAUAUGGCGAGAGAAUAAUUAAUUUGUGUAUUAUGGUUACUUGUAACUGUUAAGGGACACUUCAUCAUAUCUGAAGAUAGUCCCCUUGAAAUUGCUCUGAACUUUGAAGCUCAGUUGUGGUUUGUUAUUGUAUCUGGAUAAGAUAGUUAUAUGCAUUUUUCUUUAAUAGCUCCAACAGAUUCUCAAGUGGAAUUCUGAAAAUGUUUUUUGUUUUUCGGCUGAAGUGAAGCUCUCUUUUGGUUCUGUACCUUGGGAUGAUGAAGAAAAACCUCCACAUUCAAUCUCUAAUAAAAGAUUUUGCAGCAUUUUACUGUAA